UGAGAGGGAAUCAACUCCUCACCCGCAUUUGCAUACUUUAAUAAACUCGAUUUGGGCAAGAAGCUCUGUAGCACGUGCUUGACUCUGGCAUCCACCGUAAAGUAGCCCUAUUUCCUCCGCUUAAUGCAGGUUCACUGGCUGAAGAACCUUCGAGCUUUGAGGUGAGGCAUUACUAGCGUUAAAAUGCUGUGAAACCUGCGUGUGGAUUUAUUCAUCUGGAGAAUGAUAAUCACCGCCUCAGUCAGUGGCAAAGUAGGCCUAUAUGCAUGAAUGAGAGUGGGCGUUUGUAUGAAAAAAAAAUAAAGGUUUGGUAGAAGCAGUUGACUAGGCUCAAAAAGUUUGGGAGUCAGGCAGGGGAGGGGGAGAGACAGUUUCGUGCAGUGCGCACGGAAGCGCUGAGAAAGAGAGAAAGAUGAGCAGAGGAGAGCGCGUUUGUCGUGAGAGGCAAAAUGGCAGUUCCCUGAUCGCGCCGCAGUGCAAGAAGCGCUGCUUAGCUGUCACCCCUCUCUGAUGAUUCACGUCUCCGACGGCUUUGAACGCGGUCGUUUAAUGGAUAUUCGAUGGGGAAAUUGCACUGGUAAAUUGGCUAGAGCGGAAACCUGGCGACGGGUAUAUAAAACCCAUAUGAACUUAAUGUGACAGGUUGGCAUGAGUUAAAUUAGUGUGACCGCGAAAACGUCAGAUCGAUGCGAACGACAACUUUUAACCAGUUUUUUUCUUCAGAAAUUGAAUGCUCUGCAAGAUGUAAACACAAGCAUCUCAGUGAUUUUGAGGCAAGUGGACUAUUUUUUAUUCUGAAGUGACAUAAUUCAGCUGAAAAUUAUGUGUGCGUAAAGCGUUUCCCCCCUAAUUGCGUUUCUCAGCCGUUUGCUCACACAAUAACCUAGGUAAACUUUGCAACGUGCGCCUGUCACGAAAAAUAUACUGUUGUUCAGAUAUCAAGAUCCUGCUUCGCUACUUCUUAAGGAUUUAUCUGUGUGCGUAUUUCAGUGCGAACGGAAAUCUUCGAGUGUUUCAGUGCAAUACCCAGUGGUGUGAAAGCCGCAGUAAUGCCAGUAUCUGCAGUUUGACAAAUUGAAAGGACGCAGACGCACUCAGCAUGGCCUGCCAUUGGUCCCAUUGCAACGCUUUGAAUGAUUAAGGGGAUCUGACAGAAGUUAGAGAAUUAGCCGGAUUUUUUUAAUUAAAUAGUCUGUUUUGAUGACUUUGAAUCCCGCAUCCAUCUAUGCUGUUUUCAGUUAUGGAAAUAUGUGCGUGAAAAAGCGGUUAAAUCAUGAAUCGUAUGUAAUUGGAUUCUGCUCGGAUUUCUCGAGGUUAAUCAAAUCGUCACGGUUCUCAAGUUAAGGAUGAGCAGCGUGUCGCACGCUCUACAUCCAGAAGCUCCCGGAAAGAAGAGUGUCAUUUUGACAACGCGCGUGCAGUGAGAGAAAGGAUGCUCCAGGAGAAGUCUCACUCGAGACGAACCUAAAUAAUUUUGCUGUCGUGAAUACGCGUGAUUCAAAUCAGUUGAAAACGGAGUGAUCAGUCUGAGUAGAUGUCUACCAUUUAAGGACUACAUGGAUGGAGGAGACAAGCACCAAUCCCCGACUCUGAGCUUUUGAGUUGUGCUGAAGUUCACCAUGGGGUGAGGAAGAGAGGAAGGAACGUGGUCAGUUUUAGGAGAGGGUGAGUGGCCAAGAACAUGGACUGUUUGUUCUACAAUUUGAAAGAAUUCUACUUACUGAAAAACCUUCCGUUUUUGAAGAUUUUUCCAAGUUGGUUUCUCCCCUAACCAUUUGUUUUCCGUAGUUUUCUGAAUGGAUUUUUGUUAACCAUGUUUUAUUCUUUUCACGCGAGUUGAUUUUGAAUUGCACUUGAUUUACCCUAACCUUUAUCACACCUGAGCGCUCUGCACACCUACCUAGGCAGGUAAUCACAUUUUUGAAUAGGGUAUCUGGCAUGAGUUAUGAAUUCUCUGAAUAUCUGAAUUCUUCUUGGGUGUCAUGUCUAUGGACUUCUCACCGAUUGACGGUACUGACUCUAUUGCAUCAGAUGUCGUAUUGUAAAAUGGAGGUACAUGAAGGAUUGCUCUGAAAAGACCCACGCUUUUGCACGAUUGAGCCACCGCCGUUAAUUUUUCAUCAUACACUUGUGUGUUCAGGCGACUUGCAUGCAGGUUUCAAGGAUGCUGUAUAGCUAUAAGGGUUCCAUUAAGCUCAAGUAGUAUGCAAGAGGAGGUAAUAGACCUUACUUCCAUAUUCUCACGGCCAACCCAUUAUCCUGUCCUCUAGGAUGAAAUCUUUUCAUACUUUCUGAAAAUUGACUGGGUCCUUGUGGGACACACCAUGCUGUCUACUGGAACUACAAGCAAAACCCAGAAUGUUACUCUAACAAUAUUGUGAGACUGACACAAAAUUAGGCCUACUACAGACUUAGACUCCUCAAACAGGUGCCAAACUUAGUACGUAAACAUUUAUAACAAUCUGUGGAGGGUCUAGGAGGUUUCUAAAGAGUAAUUUCCUAUUUCAAGUCAGAGCAGAGAUAGAAGUGGUAGGCAAGAAGAACAUCAUUACACACAUACUCUCCUACGUUCACCUGUUCUUUAGACCCUAUUCCUUUCCUCUCCCCCCCACUGGUCUGGUCAGGGGGGGGGGGGACUUAACCCCCCAAGAGUGAUCGCCACGGGUGACCCCUUAGCAACGGGGUCGUGACCAUGGAAACAAGCCCGGAGAGCCCUAACCGUGCGGUGGAGUACCUGCUGGAGCUGAACAACAUCAUCGAGAGCCAGGCCAAGCUUCUGGAGACACAGCGCCGCCGCAUCGAGGAGCUCGAGACCCAGCUGGACCGGGUCAACCAGGAGAACCAGGACCUGCGCCUGGACCGCGACCCCCCCUGUCCUGAGCCCACCUCAGGCCCCGUCCAGAACCACACCGACCAGAGCCUGACCCAGCCCUCUUCUCUGCCCCUGCACUCCUCCUCCACAGGCACUGGUACCAACACCGGCGCCGGCCCGGUCCACAACAGCAACGAUGACACUGGUGGUAGUAGCACUGCCACCAGCCCCUCUGCUCCCACAGCGCCCCCUACUGGGCUGAAUCGUGAGCGGCGAAGCCACACGCGCCUGACCCGCGGGCUCUCGUGUGGGGCGGCGCCAGUGGAGAGGGAGCGGGGACGACUGGAGCGGAUUGACAGCUCUGGGACCAACACCACCCCCACGCCACGCAGACAUGUCGAGGUCGAGUCCCGGAACACAGAGCACUCAGGCACCUUUGCAGACGGCCCUCACGCCCCGGCGGCCCCCUCCUACCUGCACGGUGCAGAACGCUUCGGCAGCGGCGGCAACGACAGCAGCAGCAGCCCCUCUGGCCCCGGCCCUGUCCCCCGGGGGCCGUGUGUGGCUCCCCCCAGCCCGGCGAGCCUCGCCUGGGCCCAGCGUACGCGUCACCAGCCCGCCAGCUUGGCCCUGCGCAAGCAGGAGGAGGAGGACAAUAAGAAAUGCAAAGCGCUAUCCGACAGUUAUGAACUCUCCACCGACCUACAGGAUAAGAAGGUGGAGAUGCUGGAGAGGAAGUAUGGGGGCUACUUCUUGAGUCGGCGUGCGGCGCGCACCAUCCAGACGGCGUUCCGCCAGUACCGCAUGAACAAGAACUUUGAGCGCCUGCGCAGCUCCGCCUCCGAGAGCCGCAUGACGCGCCGCAUCAUCCUCUCCAACAUGCGGCUGCAGUACUCGUUCGACGAGCGCCCGCCGUCGCUGCCCUCGCAGACGCCGCCCACGCAGACGCCCUACGGCACCCAGGGCAUGGGCACCCCCGAGCUGGAGCCCAGUCUGCCUGCCGCCCGCUCCGCAGGGGACUACACACACCUGGAGGACUCCUUCUCCAAACAGGUGAAGUCUCUGGCCGACUCCAUAGACGACGCGCUGACGUGCCGAGCCGGCCGAGACGACUCGCAGGAUGGCAGCGGGGAGGUUGGGGGCGGCAGCAGCACGGCCGAGGACUACGGCGAGUGUGUGUGGAGCAACAGCAGCCACCCGUCGGCAUCGCCCUCACCCUCGUCUCGCCGUGGCCUCGGCAACCGCGAGCGUAGUGGCGGCGGCGGCCUGAGCAUGCACGAGGACAGCACGGCCACCUCCUACAGCGACGUCACGCUCUACAUGGACGACGGCAUGCCCUCGUCGCCACUCUCGCUGGAUCGGGCGCCCAGCAGCACCGACACAGAGUUCUGGGGCAUGGGGGGCAUGGGCGGGGGCCGCGAGGACAGCCGGGACACAGAGGGUGGGGGCAGCAGCAACAGCCGACGGAGCACGCCGUGCACGGAGUGCCGCGAUUACCGGCUCCGCGGGCCCCACCUGCCCGUGCUGACCAUUGAGCCGCCUAGCGACAGCUCAGUGGACAUGAGCGACCGCUCCGACCGCGGCUCUCUUGGGCGCCAGCUGGUGUACGACCAGGAUCCGCCACAGGGGGCGCUCAAGCACAACGCCACCAGCCCCGCCGGCGCCCGGUCAGUGAUGGUGCCCUGCGCCACGGCCCAGGGCCAGACGCGCCCCGCCUCCCGCCCGCUCCCCACCCAGAUCCCGCCCCACUUGGCGCACCACCACCACCACCAUCACCACCACCACCACCACCACUACCCCGACACGCCCUCGUCGUCCUCGUCUCCACAGCAGCCCCCCACCACCCCGCUGUCCUCCUCCUCGUCCGCCCCACACGCCCCCGGCAGCCUGGAGCAGCCCUGCUGCUCGGACGGCGACAACGACUCGCUCAACUCCACCACCAACUCCAACGAGACCAUCAACUGCAGCUCGGGCUCGUCGUCCAGGGACAGCCUGAGGGAGCCGAUGCCCCCGCUGGGCAAGCAGACCUACCAGCGGGAGAGCCGCCACAGCUGGGACUCGCCCGCCUUCAACAACGACGUGGUGCAGAGGAGGCAGUACCGCAUCGGCCUCAACCUCUUCAACAAGAAGCCAGAGAAGGGCAUCCAGUACUUGAUCGAGCGGGGCUUCGUGUCGGACACGCCGGUGGGCAUUGCCCGCUUCAUCCUGGAGAGGAAGGGCCUGAGCCGGCAGAUGAUCGGGGAGUUUCUGGGCAACCGGCAGAAACAGUUCAACAAGGACGUGCUGGACUGUGUGGUGGAUGAAAUGGACUUCUCUGGUAUGGACCUAGACGACGCCUUGAGAAAGUUCCAGGCUCAAAUCAGAGUGCAAGGAGAAGCCCAGAAAGUGGAGAGACUAAUCGAGGCAUUCAGUCAACGGUACUGUGUGUGUAACCCAGCCCUGGUGCGUCAGUUUCGGAACCCAGACACGAUCUUCAUCCUGGCGUUUGCCAUCAUCCUCCUCAACACGGACAUGUACAGCCCCAACAUCAAACCAGAGAGGAAGAUGAAGCUGGACGACUUCAUCAAAAACCUCCGAGGUGUGGAUAAUGGGCAGGACAUCCCCAGGGAUCUCCUGGUGGGGAUCUACCAGCGCAUUCAGAAGUGGGAGCUGAGGACCAAUGACGACCACGUGUCCCAAGUCCAGGCGGUGGAGAGAGUGGUGGUCGGCAAGAAGCCAGUGCUGUCUCUGCCCCAUCGUAGGCUGGUGUGUUGCUGUCAGCUGUAUGAAGUCCCUGACACAAACCGACCCCAGAGAACAGGAGUUCAUCAGAGAGAGGUCUUCCUCUUCAACGACCUGCUGGUGGUCACAAAGAUCUUCCAGAAGAAGAAGACCUCGGUGACAUACAGCUUCAGACAGUCCUUCCCAUUGGUGGAGAUGCAAGUCCACAUGUUCCAGAACUCCUACUACCCUCACGGUGUGAGACUGACGUCGGCCAUCCCAGGCGGAGAGAGGAAGGGGCUGAUCGUGUUCGCGGCUCCGAGUCAGCAGGACCGCACGCGCUUCAUCAGCGACCUGCGCGAGAGCAUCGCAGAGGUGCAGGAGAUGGAGAAGUACCGUGUGGAGUCGGAGUUGGAGAAGCAGAAGGGCGUGAUGCGGCCCAGCCUGCUGACGGGCAGUGUGGUCGGGGGGAUGAAGAAUGACGUGGUGAACGGCACCCUGGGAAGGCCCAGUCUGGACGACACCUACGCCCCGUCUGAAGGCCUGAAACGCAGCGCUCUCAGCUCGUCCCUCAGGGACCUCUCUGACGCAGGGAAGCGUGGUCGCCGAAACAGUGUUGGUUCUCUGGACAGUACCAUGGAAGGUUCCAUCAUUAGCAGCCCUCGUCCUCACCAGCGCUACCCCGUAGCCACUGUGCUCCCCAGCAGCAGCUUUGGCCUGGACGACUACCGGCCGCAGCGCCCCAUCCUGAGCCCCGGAGUAAUGGGGAUGGGGGGUGGGCCGGGGCUCGCACACACGCCUGGGGGGGUGACUGGAGGUGGGCUAGUCUCCAACAGCAGCGCGGCGGCGCUACCCUCCUGCUCGAUGGCGUCGGCGUCGGUGGGGGUGGGGGGUGGCGGAGGGGGGGGCAGCAGCAGCAGCAGCAGCAGCACUGGACUGACGGGCGCAGGGUCUUUCCUGGGCUCCCUGUUUGGGGGCAAGCGGGCCAAGGUGCCCCCCGUGCCGCCUAUCAUCCCCCCGGGGCCACCCUACCCGGCCCCGGUGCAGCCGCCUUCUACCGGAGGUCCCCCGCUGUCGGCCUCGCCCAUGUCGCCCACGGCCCUGUGCCCGGUGGAUGGGGGGGGUCCCUCCAAGAUCCAGGCGCUGCACGCGCAGUACUGCCACGCCAACGUGGUGGUUGGGCAGCCGCCCCCACCGCCGUACUACCACCACCAUCGCUACCACGUGCAGACGGUGCCUUCGCCUGGCCAGGCACAGCACACACACACGCUCGCGCACACACACGCGCACACGCUGCAGCGGGUCACGCUGCCGCGCAGGCCCCUCUCCAACCCCGCCUCCUCGCACGGCCCGUAUCCGCCGCUGUCCCAGCAUGCUUUGGUGUUGCAGGGACGCUACGUCACUGCGAACAUGGCGGCGAGCUGCCCCCCUCCCCCACUUUCUCCUCACUCCCCACUCUCGCACCACCCCCAGUUUGCCCUUUUCCACACGCAGGCGCCUCCCGCACUCUCGGCAGCCAGAGGGGGGCUCAUCGGCGGGGCUGGGCCGUUGGCGGUGGCGGUGGGGGUCCCUGGCAAGCUCCCUUUGACGCUCUCGCACUCGCACCCGCACCCGCACGCACACUCCCACACCCACGUGCACACGCCGCACCCCGGCACGCACCCCGUCCACCAGCCACAUUUCGUCUUCGGCGCGCCGCCCCCCGCUGCCGUCGCUUUCGCAGCAGGCGCCACCGGCUCUGCCGUCCGCUUCCGUCACUGCCCACCACGCGCCCCAGGCCGCCCAGUAUCUGCCCCAGUACCCUCCACUGUCCUCAAUCCCCCCUCCCCCCCCCCCACUCCCCUUUACCCCCCCCUUCCACCCCCCUUACCCCGCUUUCCCCUCUGUCCCCACACCCCCCCCAGCACCCAGGCCAGCCACAGCCCGUUGCCCCCCCACCUCCGCCCCAGCCGGCUCCGCCACCACCGACCGGGCCUGGGGCCACCGGAACCACUGGCAGCUCCAAGUCCAAACCUACCAACCGGAUCAGUACUGUGGUGUGAGCCACGGGAGGGAGAUGGUGCGCUUGAUGCCCUCCCGGGGGCAUCAGGGGCACCAGGGAGGGCAUCAUGGGCAGGCGGCCACCAUUAGCAGGAUGGAGGGAGUGGCGCAGGAGGGAGGCAGGGCCAGGGCAGACAGCUGCAGCAGCAGCAGCAGCAACGCAGCAGCCAAUAAGAAGAAACGCAGCCUCCUGAGACUCUGCUACUUCCACCUGCGAUUCCCACAGGUGUAGAGGAGAGGAGCACCGGACUGCAGCACUGACAACCCACGCCUGACAACACACACACACACACACACACACACACACACACAGUUCGUUCAGACAUGAGUAAAGACACACAUGAGUAAAAACACACAUACAUAAGGACAGCUAUAGACUCAUACUUGCAUAUACAUUCUCACACACGUACAUAGAUACACACAAGCACAAUCGGGCACUUAAAAUACAUACACCUCAAACUAUUCCACACAAUUACACAAACACACACACACACACACACACAUACACACACAGUAUCAAAUGAUGAGACAUGCUCUUGCACAAUCCAAAAACAUGCUCUUGCAAAACUCUUGCACUCAUUCUCAAAGAUACACACGCACAGCCCCACACACCUUUUUUAGAAGCACACUCCUGAGACAAAACAGACCAUAAUAUUCAGACGUAGGUAUAGACAUACAGUCUCAAGGGUAGUUUCAUCUGCCACUGACUGCUCCCAGGUGUGUUGGCAGCACAGUGUAGUAUAAGCACACCGCAGCUACACAGACCUUAAACAAUAGAGCGCAUUAUGCUUCAAAUGUGACGUGGCUGGCACUUAGCAAAUGUGUGCCUUGGCACAUUGCCAUAUUCAGUUGCUUGUAUGGUGGACAACUUCAUCACACUUAUCACAUUAAAGGUAAAGAGGGCUUCUCGCUCCAUCAAGAGUAUACCUCUCUGUUGUCGCAAUGCAAUAUGUAAGAAUAUGUCACAUGAGUUUUUUUCCCACUGCCACUGAAUUAUUACAGGUUGAUAAAUACACAAAGUAAACAUGAGAUUUAAAGCAUAGAUGCAAGAUGACUAGUACACACUUGAUACAGACAAGUGUGUGUGUGUGUGUGUGUGUGCAUACACAGCCACUCAAAAUGAGUGUGCACAUAACCAGUAUGUGGCACAUUCCUGAAAUGUCUGUAUAGCCAUAUAACUGAUGCUGAGGGUCCACAUGCACACGACACAGGCUCCUGCAUGACGUACCAUUUAUCAGACAUACCUAAAACAGACUAUCAGCCUUCCUCAAGGACCUGCACUGCAGACAAAUACUCUUUACUGGGCAAACUUCAGCCAGAUUGCAGAAGACUGAAGACCAGAAUGGAGUGAAUCGCUCACUCUUUGACCCCUCCUUCAUACCCGGGUAACAGAAUGAGUUUGUGAAGUGUGUCUGGGGUAUUCAUUUUGGAAUGUUCGCUAAAUAUAAUUAAUUUGCUAUAUCGGUCUUUCACCGAGUGAGUUUUGUUUUCCUAUAAUCAACACCAGUAAAACAGUUGUUUGCUGUUAUGGGUCAAAGGGUGGCCAUGAGAAUCCUGUUAUUUCGUUUUUAAUAUAAUUCCCUAAAUAUUAAGGCUUCAGCCCAGCACAUGUUAAAAUUUACGAACUUUUUUUUGAAUCCAUGUGAAACAAUCAGGUAUUUUCCAGAUGCAAAAAAAUCUGCUCUGAUAUGUAAUGCUACUCGACUUUCCCUUGAUAUUGUCAUAUUUGUCCUUUCUGGAUGACCUGGGUGUAAAUGUGAACCCAGUAUUUCAUAACACUGCCAUGGCCUCAGUCCCUUUAAAAACCCAUACUGCAGCCAGCAGGAUUCGGAGACUGUUUGUGUUCAUCCUCCAAGCUAUGGAAGGAAAAGGAUGCAUCUCCCAGAACCAAUCAGUGGUAGAUUAUAAGGAAACAUGUAUCACCAUCAUGAGUCAUACAAAAAAAGUAGUCUGUCCACACCCCGAUCCCCUUCCCUUGAAUAGAAAAUGUCAUUUAUAUCCAGAGACUGGCAUUAGAACUGGUGCUGUCACACAGUUCUGUUGUGAUUCCAACACUUGAUUCCAUUCCCUUUGAUUCUUUCCUCCAGUGUUCCUCCAUGCUCUUCCACAGAUGCCUGUAGAGAAAGCCAGCAGGUCUUAACACAGGUUUCUUUCUGGUGGUUGAGUGGGACUCAUAUGCAUUCCACAAUAGGAACUUUGCAUUGACAAUGCUAAUAAUAUUUUUGAGGAAGUUCUUGAGAUAUUUUUUGCCAGUAUAUAAAUGUUUCUUAUAAAUUUUAUUAUUGUCAAAUAUAUUUAUUGUUCUUGCCAGUUACAAAUUAUAAAGAUGUUAUAAAUAUUAUAAAGAAUAGCUAUAUAUAUAUUUAAACCCUCAAUCUUCUGGGAAGAGAUGGAAGUAUGAAGGUGUGUGUUUGAGGUGUGAACAGUUUUUAGAUUUUCUUUGGUGAGUGAUAUUGACAACAAUGAAUCUUGCUGAGACCAUUUUAAAUGUUGAUAUUAUUGUUGGUAUUUGUUUUGUUCUUUUUUCAAUUUUGAGUAUUGUGCCAACCUGGACCCUCUUUUGAUGUCCUUUUUUGAAGGGAAGCUGUUUCUUAUGUUGUUUUCUAGAUCCUCAUUUUGUUUAAUAAGGGAACACACGAUUGAAUUGUGCUGUUGUCUCACUGAAAAUAUAAAAGGACUACCACUAUACAAAACUCCAAAGCACCAAUGUCUGUCAGACAAAAGUUAUGAUGGUACUAACUGCUACAUGCAACUGUUAUACAUGUACUUUUCACAGGACCAACGUCCCUUUGGAAUGCAAUAUCUGCUUUAGAUUUCCAUAGUUGCAAAUAGGUUCCUUAGGACCUUGAACAGCCUGACAGCAGAUUGUGGGAUAUGUAGGAUCAGGCCCCAAAUCCAGCAGCAUAAUGGAAUAUGUAAGAUCAGGCCCCAAAACCAGCAGCAUCAGCAGCAACUGCAUUUCCAUGCCACUCUAUCAGGAGUCCUGUGCAUAAGGUCACUUGCCGUUACAUUAGGUGUGUGCAAGCACAGAGGAUGUUUUGUUUUAUUUCAUUUUUAGUUGUUUAUUUAUUUAUUAUUUUUAUUCUUUUUCCUUUCCUCUCGGCCAAAUACAGGUAUAUAUAUAUAUAUAUAUAUAUAUAUAUAUAUACUUACUGUAUUAAUGCAGUUUUGUGGUUUUGCACAUGUGUGAAUUCAGAGGCUCAACACUGCCUCAAUUAUCUCUUCUGCUUGUUGUCAUGGAGACUUUGCCUAGUCUCAUGACACCACCCUUUUUUCCUUCUAAGAAUGUUUAAGGUCCAGUUGUAAGCACAUGUUCAUAUUGUUAGUAUGAAACUGCCUCUGGACCAACAGAUUGAGAAGGUUUUUCUAUCUGAUUGGAUGGACAUUCUCUCUCCUGCCCCGGCUUUGUGUGAACUUAUUCAAUACAUAUAGUAUAAAUAUAACAUUCUGACUUUCCAGGCAAUGUCACCUCAUGCAUAUCCAGAUACUUGCAUUCACAUGAUUUAUAGCCUACAGUAUGUCAUUGGGAAGGACAUAUGCCCUCUGUGUAGUAAAGGAUACAUUUGAAUCGGGAUGGAUUUGAUAUAAAUAGGGAGCCCAUAGGUUCACUCCCAGAGCCCCAUAUAAAAAUCGUCCUAGUCCUCUCCCGUGAACCCUAUUGCAUGAAGACAAAAAAAAACAUCUGCACUUAACUGCAUCAAGUGUGUUGUAUAGACCUGAAUGUAAAUAUAUUAUCUGGUAAUAUUAUUUAAAUAUUGACGAUGGAAUGGACUUUUUUCCUGUCUGUAUUUCAGGUUUGUGUGCGUGUCAACGUACUGUAUGUGCCUAUGUGAGAGGACGGGAGUGUUCUUUGAAAAUUGCAUUUAUUUGGUACACAGGAUAAGGAAGGUCCAUUGUUACUUUAAUCCUGUGUAAGAAUGUGUACAUGAGAGGUGUUUUAACUAUUUUAUGGCAGAUAACAAGUAUAUGACUCAAUCAAUUGUAUAUACAAUAUAAAACGGAAUGAAUACAGAGGAAUAUAAUGUUAAUAUUUAUUGCUUCUGAAAUAUAAAGUGUCCUUGCUGUGGAUAACUGCUAGGCUCAUGCUUGUCUUUUUAUCCCAUUUUCAAUACUCCACUCACCCAACUAAUCCAUUCAACUUUUAAUAUUGUUUUGAUUUCCACUGACUUCUCAGAACAAAAUGCAAUGUAUCCCAUCAUUAUAGAUGGUUAUGGUUACCAAAGAUAUCUAGGCUCAAGGAUAAAAAAUAUAUUGCAAUAGUACAAGAUCAAGUAGUUAUAGCAUUAAGUUCAAGUUUAUUGCCAUGUGUACUCAUAAAAUGUAUCAGUAAUUACAUUUCUUAUAGAGUGCUUAUAGGUUUAGAUUUGAUGACAAGUAAAUUUCCCUGGUGUGGGAUUAAAUAAAGUCUUAUUUUAUGUUGGC